UGACUAUUUAGGACAACACCUGUUCUGGUAAAAGAAUAUUUAAACAGUUUCAUUUGAGAAAUUGGACAUCCAAUUCGCCUCGUACGUUGUCAAGACAAGUGCACAGCGUUAAAGAAAAACCACAAAGAAUUAUAUACUGAAAAGAUGAAUUUAAAAGCACAGAAGCAUGGAAUGGUUCUGUUCUGCGCACUCAUGCUCGCUUUGAAGCAAGCAUACGGAAAGCCAAUCGUGACUUCCUCCAACUUAGUCAGUGACGAAUUGGCUGGAGAACAACCGUUCCACGGUAAAAGAGAAUUCGCUGGAGAACAACCCUUCCAUGGCAAAAGAGAAUUGGUCGAAAAACAGCCCUAUCACGGUAAAAGAGAAUUGGUUGAAGAACAACCCUUCCAUGGCAAAAGAGAAUUAGUUGAAGAACAACCCUUCCAUGGCAAAAGAGAAUUAGUUGAAGAACAACCCUUCCAUGGCAAAAGAGAAUUAGUUGAAGAACAACCCUUCCAUGGCAAAAGAGAAUUUGCUGAAGAACAACCCUUCCAUGGCAAAAGAGAAUUAGUUAAAGAACAACCCUUUCAUGGCAAAAGAGAAUUAGUUGAAGAACAACCCUUCCAUGGCAAAAGAGAAUUAGUUGAAGAACAACCCUUCCAUGGCAAAAGAGAAUUUGCUGAAGAACAACCCUUCCAUGGCAAAAGAGAAUUAGUUGAAGAACCACCCUUCCAUGGCAAAAGAGAAUUAGUUGGAGAACAACCCUUCCAUGGCAAAAGAGAAUUAGUUGAAGAACAACCCUUCCAUGGCAAAAGAGAAUUAGUUGAAGAACAACCCUUCCAUGGCAAAAGAGAAUUAGUUGAAGAACAACCCUUCCAUGGCAAAAGAGAAUUAGUUGAAGAACAACCCUUCCAUGGCAAAAGAGAAUUGGUUAAAGAACAACCCUUCCACGGUAAAAGAGAAUUUGCUGGAGAACAACCCUUCCAUGGCAAAAGAGAAUUAGUUGAAGAACAACCCUUCCAUGGCAAAAGAGAAUUAGUUGAAGAACAACCCUUCCAUGGCAAAAGAGAAUUGGUCGAAGAACAGCCAUACCACGGUAAAAGAGAAUUUUCUGCAGAACAACCCUUUCAUUUGAAAAGAGAAUUUGCUGACGAAGAACAGCCAUUCCAUGGUAAAAGAGAAUUUGAUGUAGAACAACCAUUCCAUGGAUAGAGAAAUUAUAAAAUUACAAAUUUAGACGAAAAGUACUUAUCCUGAACAUAUAAGAAAAUAGAGAGGUACAUUUAAUUGCAUGCAUCAUUGAAUAGACACUGUAUUCACCUUAAUAUCAUAGUAUGACUUCUGCACUUGAAUAUGGACAAUCUGAGUAUGUUGUGACGGAAUGCUAUCAUAAUGUGGAGGAAAAGUCAUUUUAGUUUCUUUCAAUAAACUAUCUAGAAGCUCA